GAGGCGUUGUAAGUCCACCCAGCUCCCCACUUGCUGUGCUCCCACUCAAUGGGAAGAGAACCAAGGUCUUGUCCAGCCAUCUGCCACAGCCUCUCAAAAGUGCUAGGAUGGAAGUCAAAGGUCAGCUGAUCAGCUCUCCCACCUUCAAUGCCUCAGCUGCCCUGUUCGGAGAGGCUGUUCCCCAGGUGAAGUCAGAGCGUCUGCGGGGCCUGCUUGACCGGCAGAGGGCCCUGCAGGAGGCCCUGAGCCUGAAACUUCAGGAGCUCCGCAAAGUGUGUCUUCAGGAGGCGGAGCUGACUGGCCAUCUGCCCCCUGAGUGCCCACUGGAGCCUGGUGAACGGCCCCAGUUGGUUCGACGGCGGCCCCCUGCAGCCCGCGCCUACCCUGCACCACAUCCCAACCCAGCACACCACUCCUUGUGCCCUGCAGAGGAGCUGGCUCUUGAGGCCCUGGAGCGUGAAGUGUCAGUGCAGCAGCAGAUUGCAGCCGCCGCCCGCCGCCUGGCACUGGCCCCUGAUCUGAGCGCCGAGCAGCGCAGGCGCCGGCGCCAGGUCCAGGCCGAUGCACUGCGGAGGCUGCAUGAGUUGGAGGAGCAGCUGGGGGAUGUCCGGGCUCGCCUCGGCCUCCCAGUGCUCACAUCACCCCAGCCACUGUCCACAGGGCCAGUUCUCACUGCCCAGGGAGUCUGCCUGGGCACGCGGCACACUCAGCUCAGCCAAGAAGACGUAGUUCUGCACUCAGAGAGCAGCUCCCUCUCAGAGUCUGGACCCAGCCAUGAUAAUGAGGAGGCCCGUGGCUGCUUCUCUCUGGCUGAGCGCCCCUCACCACCCAAGGCCUGGGACCAGCUGCGGGCAGUAUCUGGAGGGAGCCCAGAGCGGCGAACUCCAUGGAAACUACCCCCAUCAGAUCUGUAUGGGGAUCUGAAGAGCCGUCGGAACUCUGUGGCCAGCCCUACCAGCCCAACACGCUCGCUGCCCAGGAGUGCCUCCAGUUUUGAGGGGCGAAGUGUACCUGCCACCCCUGUCCUCACCCGGGGCACUGGCCCCCAGCUGUGCAAACCCGAAGGCCUCCAUUCUUGGCAGUGGUCCGGCAGCCAGGACUCCCAGAUGGGCUUCCCUCGGGCAGACCCCCCCCAGCCAGGCGCAGCUCCCACACUCGAGGAGUUUCACGGCUCCCCCUGUCUCCGGCAGAUACUACGCGGACUUCCUGUACCCCUCGGAGCUGAACGCUCGUUUAAGUGACCUGACGCUAGAGGGGGAGCAGUCCUCUAGUUCUGACCCCCAGACCCCAGGGACACUGGUCUGACCCCUUCUGAUAUGCCCCUCAGCCUGGGCAUGACUCCAGUCUGGGGAGCACACAGCUGACCUCGCUGAGCCCUGGGAUGUGGUUGCUGGCCGUCCUAGGGGGUGCCAACUUGAUCGUCCCAGGUCCCUGGAUACCCAUCGGCCCAGGAAGGUGUCUGACAUCCUUCUUCUUCUCUUACAGUAUGCUGGGGAUGGGGGACCUCAGCCAGUUUAAAAAGGGGGGGAUGCUGUCAUAGGCACUCCAAGCCCCCUUCCUCCAUUUCUGUUUACAGUUGUGAUUUAGGUAUUCACUGUCUUCCCCAACAUUAGGCAUUUUAUAAAAGGGAAACUGUGAUCUUGUCCUGGUUGGGUUCAUUCCUGUCCCUAUGCCCAGCCUGUUCCAUUCAGGAACUCCUUCCACAAAAUAGUCCAUGUAGGGUCUCUGGGUCCUGUAUGGGGCAGCCAGGAUACUCCAGCAUAAAGAGAACUCCUUGCUACCCCCCACCAGGGCAGUUCUUAGGGAAGUGGGUGCUCUACCCACAUUUGGAAGGAUUGAAGUCUGGCUGGGGUCCCUGAAGGAACCCCUGUCCCUGCCUGUGCCCACAGCCUCUGCCAUGCUCAUCUCUAAUCAGGAGGCCCCACAAGAAGGGCUGGGGGCAGAGCUAUCCAGUAUGUUGUUUCCUGGGAUGCUGCGGUGGUUGAGCCAUCCUUUACUGGAUAAUGCCAGUAAAAUCCUCAGGUGACAUCUGGCCAUGGGCCACAGGUCACGACACAUCUUCCUUGGCUUUCCUUCCAUUCACAACUUUUUAAACAAAUCCACACAGCUGUGUUUUCUAUGAUACCCGUCUGUGAUUUUCUGGAGCUGGUGGGGGGGGGCCCUCCCUACCCCCUUUAUCUGGUGUUAAACUUUUCUUUUUGUACCAGUGGGGCUGGGCCCAAGACACUACCCACGCUGGAAGGGGAUUUCUAUAAUAAAUAUGUAAACUGAA